CAAGAAAGUGAAAAAUAUGAAAAGCCAGAUUCUGAUUCUAAAGAAGCAAUCUAGUAAAGCAGAUUCGAUCAGCUUAUCAGAAGCUAAAAUCAACUUAAACGUGACUAAAAUUGGGAAACUUAGGCACCUAAACUCUAGAGGGGAGGUCAGGGACUAUAACUCCGAAAAUGGGUUGAACUUUAGCUCCUAUAAACCUCAGAACAAGAAGAGGAUAAAAUAAGCUCACUAAAAUAAUCGUAUCCAAGAGUACUAAUAUGAAGCAACAAAGAAAAGAAAUGCAGAGAUCCAUUAGCAACCUGAAACUCAAGGAAAAGUUUUAGUAAAAAAUCAAGAAUCAAGCACUCAAAAAGGCUGGCCUUGAGUCGUCACUUUAAUAAGAGUCCUAGUCAAAAUUCAGGAAAUAAGGUUUGCUACUCGAGGAAGAUUUCUGCUAGUGCUUGUGAGAGGAGAUAUAAAUUCCGAUCGUCCACACCAGACUGCAACUUUGGGUACAAAAGUCUGAGCAGGUCGAUUAGCAAACAAAUAGUUAGGCCAAAUGCCACAAAUCCUACAGAAUGAGCGACCCCUGUGCUACAGGUUCCACAAGAAGUUGGACUUAAUGUUUCAGAAGCUUGUUGUAAAUGCUCAAAAGAUGGGAAAUUUUGUAGUUGUCAAAUAAUGGUGUCUAUACCUCUCUAUUUACUCAGAAAACUUGAAAACCAUCCAAUAACUGAAGCUUUCCAAGUUGGUCUAGAACUUCUACAGGAAAGAGCAGACUCAAACGGUUCCAAGUUUCUACAUCUGGUCCAAAACUCGAUCAAAACCCUUCUGACCGCACAAAAAUCCCAACUUUCUUCUCUAAAAUCCCAACUUUCUCAGCUGACUGCUCACCUCUCAUCUGUUCAAGACCAGCUGGAGUCAGUCCAGCAGCAGGCAGCUGAGCAAUCAAGUCAUUUAGAGCAAUUACAAGUAAAGAUGAAGAGGAAAGAGGAAGAUUUGAUUAAGACCACUCAAGAAAAUAUUGAAUUACUCAGCAAACUCGAAGAUAGUGCUGACAGUAAUAAACAACUAAAAGAAAGGAACAAAUCCCUGAACGAUGAGUUUGACAGAAUGUUGAAAUAAGCUAAAGCACUCACAGCUCUAUGAGAAGAGGUUGAUGUAUCUGAUAUUUUUGGCUGUUGAGGAAGGAUACCCUAUUGAUAAAAUAUAUGAAGAGAAGGUAGGUAAUCUCUCUUCGAAAAUCUUUGAAGAUAUCUCAAAUCAAUAUGAUAGCACUAGUCUGCUAGACUCAUGCUUUGAAAGCCCGCUGAAGAAGAAGGAAAAGGAAAUUAAGUUAAUAAAUGAAUCUAGUUGAAGAAGCUCUCAAUUAUUUGACUCAAAAGCGAGUUAUGAGAAGAUUAAGUAUGAUCUUAUUCCUAAAAUCACCAAAAAGCCUUCUCAGAUAGCUAUACUUGACUUAGAGGAGAUCAAAAAUGAUUCCUCAUAUAUGCAAAAGAGCACAACAAACAUUGAUUUUACUGACACUAUUCUUGGAGAGAACCUGUUGAUCAGAUUCCGGCGAUGAAGGUCUCAUGACGAUAUAUUCCUAUCCAUCUGUUCAAACUCAGAAAGCUAGAAUUAGUUAGGAUUAUUACUCAUUACAAAUAUUUCAAUUACUA